CUGACUUGCUUUCACUUUAGAAAUCCCCUCUUCGCUUACAGUGGGGAAGAAGUACAAGGAAAGAAUAAAAGAUGGAUUUAGAUUGUUUGGACCUUUUGCAAUAUUGAAUUAACUGUAGUUCAAUCAAUCACCGAAGAUGAAACUGUGUAAGAGAUCAGCAGUUACACAGAUAGUGCUUAUUCACACCUGAUUCUGUCCACGAACCACACGAAGAAAUCGAAAGAUUUUAAAGCGUUUUUGACAUUUUAAGGAAGUAUAUUGAGGCGCGUGGUCAAAAGGCCAAAUGGAUCGUAAACAGGUUGAGGCCAUAUGACACAACAUCUCCAACACCCUCCUAUACAUCUCUACGAAGUGACCAGUCAAUGGAUCAACCAACAGAGAUAAAAGAAAGAACACAGAUAAAUAAAAGGUUAAGACCUGGGGAAGCAACAUCUCCAGCACCCUCCUGCACAUCUCUUCAAAGUGACCAGUCAAUGGAUCGACCAAAAGAGUUCAAAGAUGUAACUCAUGGUAUCCAGAUGAACGAAAGAUUGAGACCAGAUGACACAAUAUCUCCAACACCUUCUUGCACAUCUCUAAAAAGUGACCAGUCAAUGGAUCGACCAAUAAGGUUCAAAGAUAGAACAAAGAGUUUAAGGUUGAGACCAGAUGACACAGUAUCUCCAGCACCUUCUUGCACAUCUCUAAAAAGUGACCAGUCAAUGGAUCGACCAAUAGAGUUCAAAGAUAGAACACAGCAUUUCAUAAAGAAUGAAAGAUUGAGACCAGAUGACACAAUAUCUCCAACACCUUCUUGCACAUCUCUAAAAAGUGACCAGUCAAUGGAUCGACCAAUAAGGUUCAAAGAUAGAACAAAGAGUUUAAGGUUGAGACCAGAUGACACAGUAUCUCCAGCACCUUCUUGCACAUCUCUAAAAAGUGACCAGUCAAUGGAUCGACCAAUAGAGUUCAAAGAUAGAACACAGCAUUUCAUAAAGAAUGAAAGAUUGAGACCAGAUGACACAAUAUCUCCAACACCUUCUUGCACAUCUCUAAAAAGUGACCAGUCAAUGGAUCGACCAAUAGAGUUCAAAGAUAGAACAAAGAGUUUAAGCACAUUGUCAGCCACUCUGUUGACAGAGGAUCACUACAGGUGUUCAGUGUGCACAGAGGUUUUUAAGGAUCCAGUUUCCAUUCCCUGUGGACACAGUUACUGCAAACACUGCAUUGAGAUCUACUGGAGCAAACCAACUCAAGCAGGAUGUUACGCUUGUCCUCAGUGCAGAAAGAGGUUCAGAAAUCGUCCUGUGUUAUAUGUAAAUGUUGCUUUGGCGAAAGUGAUAGAGGAACUGAAGCAGGCAGGGUUUAGUCCUGCUCUUCCUGCUCACUGCUAUGCUGGACCUGAUGAUGUUCCCUGUGAUAUCUGCACUGGAAUGAAGCUCAGAGCUGUUAAAUCCUGUUUGACUUGCACAGCGUCGUUCUGUGAGACCCACAUCAGACAGCACUACACAGUACCAGCACUGCAGAGACACAAUCUGGUGGAGCCUGGCAAUUUUUCACAUGACAAUGAGACAUUUAGAAUAUCCAGAGCAGAAGAAGAAUUGCAAGAAGAGAUCAAAGGGUUGACCGCAACAGUGGCUGCACUGAAAAUGACCUUGAGAGAAAAGGACACACGGGCAAAACGCUUGUGUAAAGGAUUUGAAGUCCAUUGUCAUGAUUUCCCCUAUGAUGCUAUUGAAGUGGUUACUCUAGGCCGCCCCUUGAGCCUUGGAAUGUUAUAUGACACUAACAGUGAUUCUUAUUGUAAAGAUACUUUCCUGUGGAAUGAGGGCAUCAUUUCCUCUAUGAGAGUGUCCCUGCCUCGGCCUCAAACAGAGGUGAAGGUUCUAGAAGGUGACUCUCUACAGGAGAGAUUCAGAAUCCUUGAAAUGUCUCCUGUGUUAAGAACAAAAGCUUUGCAUGGACUGAUUGAAAUGAUUGGAGCUGCAGCCUUUCUGAAUCACCCAGUACAGUCUGAGCAUCAGGACAGAGUUACACUGCACUACAAAACCACCACCAGACUGGACAUGAUCAGCCAAAGAUUGCUACAGGAAGGCAUUCCUCCCUCAGUCAUUAAUUCAACCUCGGCUACACACGUGAUCAUAGCUGUGUGCUAUGGAGCUCAGGCUUUCUUUGUUUUUGAUCAUGUGCAAAUUGGUUCAGAGAAAACUUCAAAAAUGAAAAAUGUUAUCAAGAAGGUGACCUCUUCAUUUUGUGCAAGUCAAAUUAAUUUAAAUCUCAGUGACAAUGAAAAAUCUUUGAGUUUGUUUUAUAACUGUAGUCUCUUCAUUGAUGUUGGUGAUUUGAAGAGUCCAGUGUCUUUUGAUAAAGCAGUAGAAAUCUAUGGUUCUCUGCCAAUGCUGCUUGGAUCUAAAGGUGAGAAUGCAGUUCCUAUGAAGGUCUGGCUCUACCCUUUGAAGAACCUGGACAAGACCUCUGUGUGUGCUCUUCUCAGGGGAGUCAGUAAAAGCCUGAUGCAGAGAGCUGAGAAUGUUCUGGGACAUCUGAAAAACCAGAUCAGGAAAUGUCAGGAUUUCAUGUCGAGCCCAGGUAAUCUAAGUGUGAUUAUUUGGUUUCCUGCUCUGAAAGAUAAAUUAGCAAAUUUUUCAGAGCUUCUGCAUAAAUACCAAGCACAUUUUCAGAAAGGAAUCACAGAGAUUGCUGAAGCCAUUCAUGUUAAAGAAGAGGAAGGAGAGAACAGAUUACAACAUCUCUUAGACAGACAUGACCAAUCACCAUUCAGUGCAGAGAACACAAAUCAAUGGCUGGAGAAUAAAGAAACUGAGCUGAAGAUUUUGAAUGACUGCAGAGCCGCAGACAUCCCUGUUGUGAAAUCACAGGCAGAGUUACAGCAAGUCCUAAGUCAUUCACAGAAAACCAGAGUGAUGUGUUUAACUCUAACAUCACCAGAAAAAGAAGAUUUGUUUCUUUCUACUCUGAAACAAGAAUUUGAAUCUGAUCACAUUAUUCAAAGGGAUUCACUCGUAUUCAAGCCUGUUCUUAUCAGUCAGAAAGUGCUUUUUGAUAUGCAGCUGUUUAUUGCUGUUAAAGAGGCAAAUGAAGAUACAGAGCAAACCAAGUUCAUUGCUGUAAUUGUACCUGAUGUUUGUGAUGAAUACACGGUGCAGUUUUAUCAUGCUGGAAUGAUUGUAAGCAGAAAUGUGAAGCUUGGACUGAAACCAAAUGUUCCUCAGAUAGUUCAAAUAAAGCAAACAAGUGUGUCUUUGAUGCUAAAUCAUUUGCUGAACAAAAGAACUGAGAGAUAUGUGGUGGAGUACAGAGUUGUGGCUGAUGGAGGAAAUAACAACUCUUGGAAACAGACCACAGUGUUUGCUGAGAAAUGUGUUUUAUCAGGUUUAAAAACAGAAUCUGAAUACCAGCUCAGGUAUGCAGUGGGUGACAACCAAUGUAUGAGCAAUUUCAGCAGGAUUAUACGUUUUAAAACAUCUUCUGCAGCCAUUCCUGGAAAACCCUCUGUUAAUAAGCUGAACAGAGAAACUCUUAAAAUUACCUGGUUGAAGGCUGAAGCAAAUUGUCCAGUGCUUCACUAUAUGGUUGAGUAUAAAGAAGCAGGACUGAAGGGCUGGUCAUCAGUACUGACACAAGGACCUCAAUGUGAAUGUACUUUAACUGUACCUCACAGCACCUGCUAUACAGUCAGAGUCUCUGCUGUCUAUAAAGACAUCACCAGCAAACCUAGUGAGGAAACAUCUGUACCUGUGGAAGUCUGGAUCAUAAACCUCGCAGAGAUUAAGAGCUCCAACCUCCUAGAAGUCUUUAAACUCCAAAGAUUGAGAAAACCAGUAGAGCUGAUAGGCUGGUCAGAUGAAGAGAGUGAAAUGAGGGGAUUCCUCCAGUGUCUGCCCUACAUCUCACAACUGAGAUUCACUCAACCAGAAUGUAGAUCCCCCGAAGAAUGGGAGAAACAAAAGAGGUCAUUUCUGUUGAAUCUGUCAAUGCAAGCUGUUCUCACAGAAACAUCAGAAACACUUGAGACAAGUGUGGAAACACUGCUGUCUGUUGAUGAAUAUGGAAGGUCUGAUUUUCUGCUGGAUCUGUGCUUGCUUGUUAAGGACUAUGAGACUCAAACAGGCAGGAGUGUCCUUGCAGCAUUACAGCCAAUUUAUCAGUCAGCUCCUGCAGUCUGGAUCAUAAACCUCUCAGAGAGAAAGAGCUCCAUCCUCCUAGAAGUGCUGAAACUCCAAACAGAGAAGAAACCAGUAGAGCUGAUAGACUGGUCUGAUGAAGAAAGUGAAGUGAGGGGAUUCCUCCAGUGUCUGCCCUACAUCUCACAACUGAGAUUUCAAGAUAAUGUAUUUGAUGGAGGGAAGAAAAUGGCAGCUGUCCAGUUUCUGGUCAAUCUGAUCUAUGCAGCAUUGCAGUGUGACACAACUACUGGAGAGAAUUACACUGAACUGUUCACAUCUGUGUGCAGCUACACAUCUUUCCCCUUUGAUGAUGAUAAUUAUUAUAAAACUAGACAAUGUGAUUUCCUGCUGGAUCUGUGCUCACAUGUGAAGGACUAUGAGAUUCAAACAGGCAGGAGUGUCCUUCCAGCAUUACAGCCAAUUUAUCAGUCAGCUCCUGCAGUCUGGAUCAUAAACCUCUCAGAGAGAAAGAGCUCCAUCCUCCUAGAAGUGCUGAAACUCCAAACAGAGAAGAAACCAGUAGAGCUGAGAGACUGGUCAGAUGAAGAGAGUGAAGUGAGGGGAUUCCUCCAGUGUCUGCCCUACAUCUCUGAACUGAGAGUUUCUCCACCACAGAAUCAGGAAGAAUCCUUUAAAGAUUGGGAAAAAAGAAAGAGAUUGUGUCUACUAAAUCUUUGUUUGCAAGUGGCUCUCUGCCAAGAGGAUACCCUAGAGACAAAUAUGGAGACAUUGCUGUCAACCAUGUAUGAUGGGAAAUGUGAUUUCCUACUGGAUCUGUACUCGCAUGUAAAGGACUAUGAGAGUCAAACAGGCAGGAGUGUCCUUCCAGCAUUACAACCAAUUUAUCAGUCAGCUUCUGCAGUCUGGUAUGUAUACCUCUCAGAGAGAAAAGCUGCCUUAAUGCUAGAAGUGCUGAAACUCCAAACAGAGAAGAAACCAGUAAAGCUGAGAGACUGGUCAGAUGAAGAGAGUGAAGUGAGGGGAUUCCUCCAGUGUCUGCCCUACAUCUCACAACUGAGCUUUUAUAAGGAUGUAUUAUAUUUUGAAAAGGAGAAGAAAUCAGCCUUUCUGUUUCUGCUGGAGCUGAGUGGUGCGGCAUUAAAAUGGGAUACAUCUGGAAAAGAGAAUUUCAGUAAACUGUUAACAUCUGUGUGCAGCUACUCAUCUUUCCCCUGUGAUGAAAAUAUUACAAAUUCUACUGGUCAGUGCGAAUUUCUACUUGAUCUGUACACGCACAUAAAGGACUAUGACACUCAAACAGGCAGGAGUGUCCUUCCAGCAUUACAGCCAAUUUAUCAGUCAGCUCCUGCAGUCUGGACCAUAAACCUCUCAGAGAGAAAGAGCUCCAUCCUCCUAGAAGUGCUGAAACUCCAAACAAAGAAGAAACCAGUAAAGCUGAUAGACUGGUCAGAUGAAGAGAGUGAAGUGAGGGGAUUCCUCCAGUGUCUGCCCUACAUCUCACAACUGAGAUUCACUUCACCAGAGAAGGAAACCUUUGAGGAAUGGGAGAAUAGAAAGAGAUUGUUUGUUUUAAAUCAUUGCCUGCAAGCUGCUCUUCACCAAAAAGAAGCCAUAGGAAAAACUAUGGAGACACUACUGUCAUCUGUGUAUUAUGAGAAAUCAGAUUUCCUGCUGGAUAUGUACUCGAUUGCAAAUGAAUAUGAGACUCAAACAGGCAGGAGUGUCCUUCCAGCCUUACAGCCAAUUUAUCAGUCAGCUCCUGCAGUCUGGUAUAUAGACAUCUCAGAAGGAAAGAGCUCCAUCCUCCUGGAAGUGCUGAAACUCCAAACAGCGAAGAAACCAGUAGAGCUGAAACGCUUGUCACUGGUAGAGGGUGAUUUUAGGGGAUUCCUCCAGUGUCUGCCCUACAUCUCUGAACUGAGAUUUUAUAAAGAUGUUUUAGAAGAAGGACAGAAGAAAAGGUCUGCUCUGCUCUGUCUGCUGAAUUUAAGCAUUGCAGCAUCAGAGUGUGUUUCAACUAAAGGGGCAAAUUUGAUUUCAUCUGUGUGCAGCUACACAAAUUUCCCCUGUGGAAAAGUCUCUGAAUACCAUCCCCCUGAUAAUGCAUUUCAAACUAAACAAUGUAAUUUCCUACUGGAUCUGUACUCACAUGUGAAGGACUAUGAGAGUCAAACAGGCAGGAGUGUCCUUCCAGCAUUACAGCCAAUUUAUCAGUCAGUUCCUGCAGUCUGGAUCAUAAACCUCUCAGGGAGAAAGAGCUCCAUCCUCCUAGAAGUGCUGAAACUCCAAACAGAGAAGAAACCAGUAGAGCUGAAAGACUGGUCAGAUGAAGAGAGUGAAGUGAGGGGAUUCCUCCAGUUUCUGCCCUACAUCUCUGAACUGAGAUUUACUGAACCACAGCAGAAAUCAUCUGAAUUAUGGGAAAAAAGAAAGCGAUUAUUAUUCUUAAAUUUGUGCCUUCAAGCUGCUCUCUACCAGAAAGAGACCAUAGAAGCAACUGCAAAGAUACUGUUGUCAUUUGUGUAUUAUGAGAAAUGUGAUUUCCUGCUGGAUCUGUACUCACAUGUGAAGGACUAUGAGAGUCAAACAGGCAGGAGUGUCCUUCCAGUAUUACAGCCAAUUUAUCAGUCAGUUCCUGAAGUCUGGAUCAUAAACCUCUCAGAGAGAAAGAGCUCCAUCCUCCUAGAAGUGCUGAAACUCCAAACAGAGAAGAAACCAGUAAAGCUGAGAGACUGGUCAGAUGAAGAGAGUGAAGUGAGGGGAUUCCUCCAGUGUCUGCCCUACAUCUCACAACUGAGAUUUGAUUUUGCUGUUCAGUUUCUGGUGAAUCUGAUUGUUGCAGCAUCAGAGAUUGAUACUACAGGAGAGAAUUACACUGAACUAUUAACAUCUGUGUGCAGCUACACAUCUUUCCCCUGUGAUAAGAAUUAUAGUUAUAAAACUAAACAAUGUGAUUUCCUGCUGGAUCUGUACUCACAUGUGAAGGACUAUGAGAUUCAAACAGGCAGGAGUGUCCUUCCAGCAUUACAGCCAAUUUAUCAGUCAGCUCCUGAAGUCUGGAUCAUAAACCUCUCAGAGAGAAAGAGCUCCAUCCUCCUAGAAGUGCUGAAACUCCAAACAGAGAAGAAACCAGUAGAGCUGAUGGGCUGGUCUGAUGAAGAGAGUGAAGUGAGGGGAUUCCUCCAGUGUCUGCCCUACAUCUCACAACUGAGAUUUGGUGUGAAGAUUGUCUAUAAGAGAAAAGAAUCUGUGGUUCAGUUUCUGGUGAAUCUGACUGUUGCAGCAUCAGAGUUUGACACAACUACAGGAGAGAAUUACACUGAACUAUUAACAUCUGUGUGCAGCUACACAUCUUUCCCCUGUGAUGAGGAUGAUGAUGAUGAUUAUUCUGAGUUUGAAAUUGAACAAGGUGAUUUUCUGCUGGAUCUGUACUCACAUGUGAAGGACUAUGAGAGUCAAACAGGCAGGAGUGUCCUUCCAGCAUUACAGCCAAUUUAUCAGUCAGUUCCUGCAGUCUGGAUCAUAAACCUCUCAGAGAGAAAGAGCUCCAUCCUCCUAGAAGUGCUGAAACUCCAAACAGAGAAGAAACCAGUAGAGCUGAUGGGCUGGUCUGAUGAAGAGAAUGAAGUGAGGGGAUUCCUCCAGUGUCUGCCCUACAUCUCACAACUGAGAUUUUCUCCCAUUGUCUUUGAUGAGGAGGAGUCUGAAGAUACUUUACAGUUUCUGGUGAAUCUGAUUGUUGCAGCAUCAAAGUGUGAAACAGAUACAGGAGAGAAUUACACUGAACUAUUAACAUCUGUGUGCAGCUACACAUCUUUCCCCUAUGAUGAUGAUAAUUAUUAUAAAACUAAACAAUGUGAUUUCCUGCUGGAUCUGUGCUCACAUGUGAAGGACUAUGAGAGUCAAACAGGCAGGAGUGUCCUUCCAGCAUUACAACCAAUUUAUCAGUCAGUUCCUGCAGUCUGGAUCAUAAACCUCUCAGAGAGAAAGAGCUCCAUCCUCCUAGAAGUGCUGAAACUCCAAACAGAGAAGAAACCAGUAGAGCUGAGAGACUGGUCAGAUGAAGAGAGUGAAGUGAGGGGAUUCCUCCAGUGUCUGCCCUACAUCUCACAACUGAGAUUUGGUGUGAAGAUUGUCUAUAAGAGAAAAGAAUCUGCUGUUCAGUUUCUGGUGAAUCUGAUUGUUGCAGCAUCAGAGAUUGAUACAACUACAGGAGAGAAUUACACUGAACUAUUAACAUCUGUGUGCAGCUACACAUCUUUCCCCUUUGAUGAUGAUGAUAAUUAUUAUAAAACUAGACAAUGUGAUUUUCUGCUGGAUCUGUACUCACAUGUGAAGGACUAUGAGAGUCAAACAGGCAGGAGUGUCCUUCCAGCAUUACAGCCAAUUUAUCAGUCAGCUCCUGCAGUCUGGAUCAUAAACCUCUCAGAGAGAAAGAGCUCCAUCCUCCUAGAAGUGCUGAAACUCCAAACAGAGAAGAAACCAGUAGAGCUGAUAGACUGGUCAGAUGAAGAGAGUGAAGUGAGGGGAUUCCUCCAGUGUCUGCCCUACAUCUCACAACUGAGGAAUGCUGAGCAGUAUUUCCCCUCAUUAUGUAAAGUGUUUGGGUCCAGAGUAAAGGCAGAUCAGGUGACUCCUCUGCUUCAGGCUCUGAACUUCACUGUCACUCUCAGUGGAAUAUUACACAGCAGCACCUGCAGAUCUGUGGGGAGAGUCCUGGGCCUCUCAUCAUCAAAACUAAACCUGACACUAAACCCACAAGCCAUCUCUCUCAAAGGAGUCAGACUACUCUUCAAACACAUCACACACCUGCACAAACUCAGCUUGAGGAAAAAUAUAUUGUUGAAGAUUGUCAGAGCUCUGAGGUCAGUGGAUGAUUGCAGAUCUUUGGCAAUAGAGGAGCUUUCCCUGGUCAUGAGAAACACAAAGACCUUAAAGCAAAAUCACUCCAGAAUCCUGAGCAAGUUAUCUGUUUUCCUGAGUCUGUGGACUGUCCGGUGUCUGGAUCUUACUAAGUGUAAAAUAGAGGCUCUGCCUUUAACCCCUCUGUUGCAGGUUCAGGGACCCCUGACAAUCAGGUUUUCUAAAGAGACUCUUCAGCAGCUGGUUGAAAUGGUGUUUGAAGCACAUGAUGAUGAACUGACACGCUUAUUCCUGGAGAAGGUGUCUGAAGAUCUGUCUUCCUGCUCACUGAGCUGGGAAGUGAUUCACUAUCUACUACAGUGCAAAAGUCUAAAUUUCAAACUUGACUUCAGAAAGAUCAAAGUCUCUUCUGAAAACAUCAGGGAACUUCUGCCUUUGCUGGAAGGAAUCCAGUUUAAAAGGUUGAGCCCCAGCUUUACACUGUCCAUCAUGAUGGAGAUUUACGAGACUCGCUCUCCUCAGUAUGUGUCCAGACUGUUGAGUUCAUCAGAGAGUUACAUCAGUCUGAACAACAGAGUGUUGGACUCUGUUCACUGUGCUGCUCUGCGCUUCACUCUUGAGCACUGCAACACUGUCAAACUCAACCUGUUCUGGACCUCCAUACCAGAGGGGGAGCUAGAGAGCAUUCUGCCUUUACUCAAGGGAGUCUCUGAACUCAGUGUUGACAGGCAGCUGUUGUUGAAGCUGCUUCAUUGCUGCAGUUCCUCUGAUCACCAGCAGGAGGCAGCAGCUGUUCUGCUCUCUGCUCUUCAGAACAUACUGGACUUUUCCUGCUGCUCUGCUCUGGACCUGACAGACACACAGCACAAUCAAGAUGAUUUUAACCUGACCACUAGAGACUGUAAAAUAAUCUUAUCUGUGCUUCAACAAACUCAAAGUAUUGUGAAGGUGGUCUUAAAGGACUGUGAGGUCUCUGACAAGGCCAUGAAUGAACUGCUGCCAAUUCUGCCAAAAGUCCAGCUGAGAUGUAGUAAAGCUCUGCUGCUGCAUUUUCUGGCUUGUAUUAGUAAAGGAACUAAGAGGAGCUCUUUGAGGUGGUUUAAGGCUCUUUCUCGGGCUUUGGGAGGAGAGAUGGACCUCAGUCACACUCCGAUAGAUCUGAAAGCAUGUGAAAAGCUGGCGCUGUUUCUGGAAUAUUCUGAAGGGCUUUCAGAACUGGAUCUCAGCCACUGCAAACUCACUGAUGAAUGCAUGAAACCACUGAUACCACACCUGCACAAGACUCAGACUCUGGAUCUGAGUCACAAUAAAGUAACAGAUGAAUCAGCAAGAAGAAUCCACAGUAUUGUCUCCACUCACAGCAAUAUUCAGACUGUACGACUCUUUGGAAACAAAAUUAAAGAUGGGAAGCUGUUCAUCAGAGAUAAUCGGUUUGAAAUAUGGUGAAGACCCUGUGUCAUAACCUGUUGAUCAUGAAAAUGAAUAACUCCAAACAUAACGAAACACAUUUUGUAUAGCUCCAGAUUUAAUGGAUUGAAAUGAUGAUGAUGUUUAUAUUCUGUCUAUUUUAAAAAACACUUAUGGUAAUAGAGCUGUAAAAAGUUGUUGAUGUUCUUAUAUUUUCAUGCAGUAAACAUUAACAAUAACUAGUUUUUGUACAGAAUUCUGCUUUUGCAGCAGGGUCUCUGGUAUACAUAUGAUACUAUUUUAGUAACAUUAUAUUUUUUUAUUGAAAUGGUUUAUUACAACAAAUGUGCUGCAAAUGUGUCACAUAACCUCUGAAUGAUUCAGUGAGUAAAUUGGUGAGUCGUUUGGAGUGAUUCGUUUAAAGAACCGACUCACUAGAUUAAUGAGUCACACUCUACACUCUAGUGUCUGUAUGUUUGUGUGAUAUAUUUUCUUUUGCACCAUGUCUGUUUAUAUAUCAGUCAAUUUGUACCUUGGUGUGAAAUAAUUAUGUGACAAAAUACUAACCAAUCUACGCAAAUCAA